AUGACGGACACGGCCACCGCCAACAAGGCUUACUUCAAUAAACUUGCUGCCGAGUACGACACCAAGUACGAGAAGACCAUUUGGCAGCUUGAACGAGAGAUUCGCAAGCGCAAAGAUUUCAUCGGCGUGGACUGGGUCGACGAAGACGACGACGAGGAUGAAGAUGGAGGCGACGAGAACAGCGGGAAGCCCGCCGCCGCCGAAACAAAUCCGGCUACCGACAGCAGGCCGGUGAGACUGCUCGACUACGCUUGUGGCACCGGCCUGAUAUCAAGGGCUCUCGCCCAGUUUACCACGCAUUGCGUCGGCAUUGACAUCUCGGGGAACAUGGUGGCCGCUUACAACGCCCGGGCCGAAAACCAAGGCCUGAGCACCGACGAAAUGCGCGCGUAUGUAGGGAACCUCACGGAUUCCGCCGACCCGGACCCGGCCGCCUUCGCCGGCGCCGGGUUCCGUGAUUUCGAUGUCGCCGGCGUCGGGCUGGGUUUCCACCACUUUGCGGACCCGGAGUACUCCGCAAAGAAGCUGGUCGAACGGCUCCGGCCCGGCGGCGUCUUUAUCAUUCUCGAUUUCCUGCCGCACGAGAAGAUGCACCACGGUCUGCCGGCCGCGCACACCGUCAUGCACCACGGGUUCUCGAAGGAGAGGAUGCGUGCCAUCUUUGAGCAGGCCGGGGCCGGGAAGGACUUUGCCAUGGAGGAGCUUGGGAGCGGCGUUGUGUUUGGUGGGCAUGGGCAUGGGCAUGGUGAAGGUCACGGCCACGACCACGGUGACGGGCAUGAUCAUGGCCAUGGUCACGGACAUAAUGCACCGAAAGAGGGGAUGAAGAGACGCGUGUUCCUGGCUCGUGGAACCAAAGUUUAG